AUGUGUUCUGUUCAGUUGAACGGGCGGUCCAUGAAGGAGCUGAUCUCAUGCGUCCGUGAACCCACGAGCGAGGUGGCGUACGGUGGCACAUGUGCAAAUGGCCACACUCAGGCUGUGAAAAGGCCUCCUCAGCCCAUGAAGCCAAAGGUAGCCAAUCAAGCCCCAUCAACUGUCCAACGGGAUGGGGUCUCCACUGCGACUGCUGAAGUCAUCAAGGGCGAGAGGCUUGACUUUGACAUCCACAUCUGGGCCCGAUUUAUAGACAUACUCACUGGACCGCGUUGGAGGCGCAAGAUGCCCCGCUCAACCCUACAUCGGCCGAAGACGGAAUCAAGUGUGGGACUCCUCGUCGCGCACGACAAAGUGUCCAACCAUGUCAAGCAAGAGGUCCCCAUGAUGCAUAGCCGAGAAACGCGCACGAGAUCCCCCGUAGAGUUCCUGAAGCACAGGACUCAGUGCCAAAAAGAACGACCACAGUUUGGCACAUCUUCUGGAUCGGAAGACGGGGGCGGCAUUGUUUGCAGCUCGCACUACGAAACAGACGGCCUUAGGGCUUGUAUGAAGCGUGUCGCAUCUGACACGUCCCUCACUUUCCUGUCAGAGCGCCAUCAACGUUCCGCUGCGCCGUCACCUACGUCGAUAGAUGAGUCGCAUCACUCCAGCUGCUCAACGGGAUCGACGUGCACGGGACAAAAUCCCAACGAUGACCCUUGCUAUUUUCCUCUGAUAACACAGCAUCUGGUGAUGACGACGGCUCAAGAUAUCCUCGAGCAGGCUUGUUUUGAAUUUGUUGGCCGAAACCUUCCGGGCUUGACCAUGGAAAAUAAUUGGGAGUGCGGAUCUUCUCUCGAGCUCCCUCGAUGGCUCAGCAUUAUCACUGACAGGUGUUGGAGGGCGAUCUUAGAGCCACAACUAGCGUUCUCACUCACACCCGAGGUUGUCAGGGACUUAGGCGCAAUCCGGGACACAGUGGUCUACAGGACGAGAACGACAGCCCGUGGAAUAAAGCUUCUCUUGGAAUCAGCUGUUGCCUUUCUCGAAGCUACCAAGGACUCUAGUCGCUUGAAGCGAAUGAAAGAUAUCUUCGAAGAGGUGGAGAUGGAAGUGAGACACAUGGAGGCGGAGUUUCAGUGUGCAAAUAAGGUUCUAAAUAUGCAGCUGAAAGAAUUGAGGAAGACCAAGCGGAACAUUGUGAUGAGCUGGAUCGAAAACCAGUCUGACAUCAAGACCGAAGCGGGAAAGCGACUGCGGGAGAAGUUGAUGAAGAGAGACGCGGCCACGAAGACUCGGACAGUCAGAACGGACGAGCCUAGCCCAGGUUGCGGGUCCAAGUCACGGCCCGAAUACACUCCUCUUGAUCAAUCUUUAAUAUGAAACAGUCAGAGGUUUCUUCACGUGAUGUUUGCCACAUCGCCGGCUAUGGAUUGCUUUCUGGCGUAUGGAUACCAGGCCUCUCCGAAGUUGGCGUGCUAAGAAGAGGUCAUUGAUUCGAACAAGGUAUCGACCCAAAAGGUAUUGCAACCCUGAAUCUCAACUUUCAACGCUAGCUUCGUGGCAAUCAAGACUGC